CAAACGCCAGCAUGCAGGCUUCGCAGCGCGCCGAGGCCGAGCGCCGCGAGAAGAUGCGCCGCAUCGCAAAGAAUCCGACCGACAAGAACAUCCCCGAGGGCGUCGAGGAUGUCUGCAUUGGCGACGGCGUGGCCCGCUACCGCGAAUUGCGCGACGUCGAGCGCACCCUCGACGCGACCAUGAUGCGCAAGAAGCUCGAUGUCAUGGACUCGAAGCACCACUCGCGCGCCUCGCGCUACGGCACCAUGCGCAUAUGGAUAUCCAACACGGCCGAGAACCAGCCGUGGCAGAGCAGCGGCAUCGAUGCCGACGCCUUUGACUUUGAGAGCGAGAACAACGCCACGUACCGCGUCAAGAUCCAGGGCCGCCUGCUGGACGAGGAAGGCGACGACGGUCUAGAAGACGACGAAGACGACGACGACGAUAAGGAUGCCGAUGCCAUGGACCAAGAUGGAGCCGCCGCCGAGCGCAAGCCCGCCGCGAAACCCAAGCUCUUCUCGCACUACUUCACAUCCAUCAAUAUCGAUUUCGACCGCGCCAAGAGUUUACAGCCCGACAACUUCACGCAGAUCGAGUGGAAGCGGCCCGAGAAUCCUACUGCCAAGGAGGCUAAUUUCAGCGAACUCGAGUUUGAGCGCAAGGGCGACGAGAACAUCAACAUCACAAUCAAUCUUCAGCGAUACCAGAACCCCGAGGUCUUUCGCCUGAGCAAACCUCUGGCCGAGCUGCUCGAUACCGAUGAGGAGGACCGCGCGGGUGUGCUCAUGGGCAUUUGGGAGUAUGCGCGGUCGCAACAUCUGCAGCAGGAAGAUGACGAGCGCAAGUUUGCAUGCGACGCCAGGCUUAAGGCGCUAUUUGGCGGCCAGGACCACUUCUUCUUUCCGAACCUGCCUCAACUCAUCAAGCCGCACCUCACCACACUCCCGCCCAUGCAACUGCAAUACACGAUUCGCGUCGACAAGGACUAUAUCUCGCCACCGACCGACUCAGGCAAGACGCCUUUCCAACCAACUGUAUACGAUGUGCAGGUAGCGCUCGAGGACCCGAUGCAGCCACUGUUCCAGGAUAUUUUGCGCCGACCAGACAGUAUCCAGACGCUGCAGGAGAUUCAAAAGAUUGACGAGCAACUGGUACUUUUGAUGGGUGCCAUAGGCCAAUCCAAGGCAAAGCAUGCCUUUUUCACCAGCAUGUCCAAGGACCCAGUUGCCUUCUUCAAGCGCUGGCUCUCAAGCCAAAAGCGCGAUCUCGAGGUCCUGCUCGGCGAGGCCACACGUGGAGGUGGCGAAGACGCUUCUGGCGAGGAAUGGCGACGAGGAGGCGCAGAUGGCGUCUGGGGCAGCGACGUGGCAAAGGAGAGCGUGGCAUUGUGGCUCGCUCGCUCUAACAUUAAGCCUCGAUGAGCCCAUUGCCUAUUUUGUAUCCUGUUAAUGUUUGUAUCCG